AGAGUCCAAACAGCAGCAUCGCAGGCUCAAACUCAUUCUACUUGCCCACCAUGCCUCCCAUGGCAUUAACAGGAAUCGUCACUAAAGCCGGCUACAUGCACAAGACAGCCACUGUGACUGUUUCACGCCAUGUCAUCCACAAAUUAACCGGAAAACGCAUUGAACGAAGCAAAAAGAUUCUAACACAUGACGAACAAGAAGUCCUUCGAUUGAACGAUACCGUGUUAAUACGAAACUGCCCUCCAAUAUCCGCGCGGAAACGCUUUAAGCUGGAAAAGAUCUUGAAGAGUCCAGAGACAGAGCGGGAUUUGGCACACAUGCAGGCUGCACAAUAGUCAUAGGGGUGUGAUGACACCAAGUUAUUGUUUGACCAAACCUCCGGAGUCUGCAUGGCAUUCUAGACUGCGCUUCGAGUCCUUGUUCAUACCCGUCAUGUAGAGGCGCUCAUACAAUAAGCAUUCAUUUCAAAUAUAUGUACUGCUAACAUGCUUUUGACUGACCCAGUCCUGCGGAUGUUUGUUGUCUUUCACGCCCAAAUGAUGCAAAACUUCACGUCUAGAGAGCCCUUGUUUCGAGGGUUCGGUGACAUCGAGGCUGGGUUACUCGAGCUGGUACACUUCACGAAUGGGGAGGAACCGCUUGAGGGCCCGGUCAAGAACGGAAAGCUGAUGGGUUAUCAAUAUCACGUAUAGGGUUUAUAUUUAUGCAGUAGCAAUAUAUUUGUAACCAUAA